UCUUAGGCUAUCUGUUAACCAUUCUGAAGGUUCUUUUCCUCUUUUUCCUUUUGUUCCUUAGCAGCAAGAAGCAAAGAUUAGCUCAUAAAGCAAAAGAAAAUGGCAAGAGUACCGGUCCCCUUAGUGGGAUUAUUUCUUCUCUUCAGUUUCUUGGCACUCACCGCACAAGCAAGAACUGAGCACAUGAAGUACAAGGACCCCAGCCUGCCCACGAACAUUCGGAUUAGGGACCUCAUGAAACGAAUGACUGUAGAGGAAAAGAUUGGUCAGAUGGUGCAAAUUGACCGUGCUGCGGCCACUCCAAAGAUCAUGCGGGACUACGGGAUAGGAAGCGUCCUAAGCGGCGGAGGAAGUGUGCCUCGUCCUAAGGCCACUCCACAGGAUUGGAUCAAAAUGGUUAAUAAUUUCCAAAAUGGUUCUCUCUCAAGCAGGCUUGGGAUCCCAAUGAUUUAUGGCAUUGAUGCUGUGCAUGGACAGAACAAUGUUUACAAGGCCACCAUAUUUCCUCAUAACAUUGGCCUUGGUGCUACAAGGGAUCCCGAGCUUGUGAGGAGGAUUGGUGCUGCGACGGCUCUUGAAGUUAGAGCUACUGGCAUAAAUUAUGCAUUUGCACCAUGCGUUGCGGUCUGUCGAGACCCCAGAUGGGGUAGAUGUUAUGAGAGUUACAGUGAAGAUCCUGAGAUCGUCAGGGAAAUGACGGAAAUCAUAAAUGGAUUGCAGGGUGAAAUCCCUCAGAAUUCACGCAAGGGUGUUCCUUACAUUGGUGGAAAGGACAAGGUUGCAGCUUGUGCCAAGCACUUUGUGGGUGAUGGUGGCACAACCAAUGGCAUCAAUGAAAACAACACGGUGAUUGAUAGGCAUGGAUUGCUGAGCAUUCACAUGCCAGGUUAUUAUGAGUCCAUCAUUAAAGGAGUGUCGACAGUCAUGGUUUCCUACUCUAGCUGGAAUGGAGAGAAAAUGCAUGCUCACCACGACCUUGUCACCAAUUUCCUCAAGGGCACCCUUAGGUUCAGGGGCUUUGUCAUCACUGAUUGGGCGGGUAUUGAUAAGAUUACAGCUACUCCCCAUUCAAACUAUACAUUUUCAGUUCUGGCUGGGGUUCAAGCUGGCAUUGACAUGGUUAUGAUUCCCUUCAACCAUACCGAGUUUAUUCGCACUUUGACUAAACUUGUCAAAGACAAAUUCAUUCCCAUGAGCCGUAUUGACGAUGCUGUUAGGAGGAUUUUGAGAGUGAAAUACAAACUUGGUUUAUUCGAGAACCCCAUGGCUGAUGAAAGCUUUGUGGAUGAGCUUGGAAGCCAGGCUAAUCGAGAAUUGGCAAGGGAGGCUGUCAGAAAAUCGCUUGUUUUGUUGAAGAAUGGAGAAAAUGCAGAUGAUGCUGUGCUACCCCUUCCCAAGAAGGCAUCUAGGAUCUUGGUUGCUGGAAGCCAUGCCAAUGAUUUGGGUAAUCAAUGCGGUGGUUGGACUAUCUCUUGGCAAGGACUUAGCGGAAACCACACUGCUGGAACCACCAUUCUCGAAGGUAUUUCAGCAGCUGUAGACCCUGACACAAAAAUCGUCUUCAAAGAGAAUCCUGACAUGGAUUUUGUCAAGUCCAAAAACUUCUCCUAUGCCAUUGUUGUUGUUGGAGAGCCUCCCUAUGCUGAGGGACAAGGAGACAGUAUGAACUUGACAAUUCCUGAGCAAAGUCAAUAUACAAUAUACAAUGUCUGUGCGAAUAUCAAGUGUGUGGUUGUUCUAAUUUCCGGGAGACCUCUGGAGGUACUGCCCCAUCUUGACCAAGCAGAUGCUUUCGUUGCAGCGUGGCUGCCUGGGUCGGAAGGCCAAGGGGUUGCUGAUGUUCUUUUUGGAGACUACGGGUUCACCGGAAAACUGCCUAGAACCUGGUUCAAGACUGCGGAUCAGCUCCCAAUGAACGUCGGUGAUCCUCAUUACGACCCUCUCUACCCCUUUGGUUUUGGUCUCACAACCAAGCCUGUCUAGCCAACAAAUUAGCCUCGGGCGUCUGAUCUUGUCUAAGCGGUAGUCUUUAGUUUCGUUUUGUUUUUUGGAUUUUUAUCCUUUCUAGUUUAACUUGACAGUAGCAGUUAAAAGUCUUGUUUGCCAUUCCAAUGGCGUAUGAAAGGAGGUUUUGCUUUGUCAUCACGUAAGAUAAUAGCAGUAAUUCUGCACAAGAAAUACAAGGAUUGAAUCCACGAGGUUGGAAUGAAAACAUCCAUUUGUAAAUUAAGUGGGUUCUGCACAUUUAUCUGGUUUAUU